AUGUUGCUGCUCUGUUGCAUAACGAGCGCGGCGGCACUGUCACCGGCACUGAGUUUUCUGCCGCGAGCGCCGCGCACCGUCUUGCGCGCGGCCAAAGAUGACAUGCCGCCCUACGACGGUUACGAAGAUGAGGUCGCGAAGCGGCGGAUCUCGCGCGACAACGUGGGCGUGAGUUUCUCAAAGCCGGACGGCCGCGCCGCGCGCCUCAAGCAGCUGCUCCAGGACGAGGACUUCGACGCCGCCGAGCGCGAGUCCGCGGCGGCCCUCGCCGUGCUGCCCGAGCUGGCCGAUGUGGCACGCAUGCGAGGCCGCGCGCUCCUCUCGCCGCUGCUCGACAAGCUGAUCGACGGCGGGGCGGUCGGCAAGGCUGAUUUUGAAGGGGCGUACGAGGCCUACCGGCUCGCAUCGAUCAUGAAUCCCGACGACAGCGCCGAGGCGGACGAAGCGUUGGGGAGGAUCCGGGAUCUGUGCCAGAAGCUCGAGGCACGUGAGAAGGACGACCUCGAGCAGGUCAUCGAGACGACGGGCAAGGCCGUCGAGGAGAAGGCGCUGCGCUUCGGCCGCGGCGCGCGCGUCGUUUGUAAUACCGGCCGCAAUUCCGAGGAGCCAUGGGAGGCCGGCACGGUGGUCGCCCUCUACCACCGCGAGGAAGGCUGGGCGCCGGGCGAGGUCGUACCCUAUCAAGUGCGACUCAACGACGGCACACUGAUUUAUGCUCCUUUCGACGCGGACGGCUGCAUCCGCCUGCGGGGCGGCGACGACCUCGACGUCGACGUCGUCGUCGUCGGCGCGGGCGCGGCGGGCAUCGGCUGCGCGGUCUCAUUGACGCGCGCGUUCGGCCUCGACCCCGCGCGCGUCCGACUUUUGGAGCGCAGCGACGCCGUCGGCGCGUCGUUCCGCGCGUGGCCGGAAGAGAUGCGAUUCAUCAGUCCAUCGUUCAACCAGCAGGGCUGGACGAGCUCGUUCGACCUGAACGCCGUGGCCCAGGACACGUCGCCGGCCUACGCCCUCCACGCGCAGCAUCCGUCGGGCUCGCAGUACGCCGACUAUCUCGCGGCGCUGGCCGAUGACGCGAACCUCAACAUACGGCUUGCUACCGAGGUGCGGAGCAUCGAGCGACUCGAGGACGGUGAUUUCGACGUGCAUGUGCGCGCGGGCGGCGCCGACUCCGUCGUCAGAACGCGCUUCGUCGUCUGGGCUGCCGGGGAGUUUCAGUAUCCCUCGACCGGCGACAUGCCCGGGGCGGAAUUCUGCGUGCACAACUCGAAAGUGGAGUCCUGGGCCGGCCUCCCGGGCGACGAGCGCGUGGUCAUCGGCGGCUACGAGUCGGGGGUAGAUGCGACCGUCAACCUGGCCCGGGCGGGCAAGAAGGUCACGGUCCUCGCCUCAACCCCGACAUGGAACGUCCAGACUCCUGACCCCUCCACGGAACUCGCGCCCUACACCGCGGAACGGCUUCGCGAGGUUACCGCUGAAGGUUUUACUGGACCGACUCCGGAGCUCCUGGCGCCGCUGCGCGUGCUUCGCGUCGAGGAAGCGUCAGAAGGAGGUUACAACGUCGUCGCCGCGUGGAAGAAGCAAGAGGCGCAGUUGCGACCGGAAGGAUCGCUGCGGAGGCCGUUCGAAGGGGCCGCGCCGCCGGGCGCCGAGGGGAGCGAAUUAGUCGUGCAUACGGCCCAGCCGCCCGUGCUCUGCACGGGGUUCGAGGGGAGCGUCGCCGCCAUUGGGCGCGACCUGUUCGAUCUGGCGGACGACUCGGGAAACGGCUGCCUCGCGGGCGCGCCCCUGCUGACUGCGGAAGAUGAGUCCACGAAAACUCCUGGGGUCUUCCUUGUCGGACCCACCGUCGUCCAGGGCGAGCUCAGCUUCUGCUUCGUCUACAAGUUCCGCCAGCGCUUCGGCAUCGUCGCCGACGCAAUUUCCAGGGGCCUGGGGCGCGACACGAAGGCCGCCGUCCAGGGCCUGCGCCAGGCGAACAUGUACAUGAACGACCUGUCGUGCUGCGAGAACACGUGCGGGGAGGUAUGUUAA